AUGUGCGGCCCGCAUAGAGCCCAUCGCCGCCGCCACUUCCCUCCCCAUCCCUCCCCGCAUCUGCUGCCUUGCAGAUCGCUGCCGCCACUUCCCUCCCCAUCCCCUCCCCGCAUCCGCUGUGGCUCCCGCCCUCCCCGCACCCUCCUUCGGGCCCUCCCUGCACGCGCCGCCGAGGGCUACGCGCUCUUCUUCGACGACCUCCUCUCGCGGGCCCAUGCGUGGGACUGGUUCUCCGACGUGCUCCCCCGCCUCAUGCGCGUCCUCCUCCGCCUCCCCGCGCUGCUUGAGGACCACUACGCCGCCGCCCGGGCCGCGACCGUGCUCUGCCUCCUGGGGCCUCAGGACGCGGGCUUCGUGCUCCCCGGCCAGGAGCUCGCCUGCGCGCUCUUCUACCUGUUCCCCACCGCCGGCCGCGGCGAGGUCCGACUCCCGGCCAUCAAUUUUGAUGCCUUGUUCUCGGCACUCACUAACAAUGUGAGGCAGAGCCAGUAG